AUGUCACAACUCGUAACAUUAGCUGGUUUAAUUAAAGAUACCAUCUCUAUUAAAAAGGAGAUCGACGAUAUUAGAGUUGAAGCUGAAAAGAUAAAGGCUGAAAUCGCCAAGCAAAAGGCUACCCCUGCCCCAGCUCCAGUUGCUGCUCCAAAGCCAACUCCAGUUGCCGCCGCUCCAAAGCCAGCCCCAGUUGCUGCUGCACCCAAACCAACUCCAGUUGCUGCCGCACCAAAACCAACUCCAGCUCCAGUAGCUGCUGCACCAAAGCCAACUCCAGCUCCAGUAGCUGCUGCACCAAAGCCAGUAGUUGCUGCCUCUGCACCAGUCUCAUUCAAUGGAGCUGCUGCUACCAGUGCACCAAAGGCAGGUGCUACCUUGCAAGGACCAAACCCACAAAUCAAAGACCUUGUUGACGCUGUCAAGGCAAAGGCCAAGGCCGACAAGACUCUUGACCCAGCUAAACUCGAGCUUUAUUUGAGUGACGCCGACUUUUAG